AUGUGAUCAGCUGUGUCCAAUCACAGCUAAUCUCAUCAGUGCCACCUGUGAGUGUCCAUCAGUGCCAGCUGUCAGUGCUCAUCCAUGCCACCUGCCAGCGCCACAUCAAUGCCACAUAUCAGUGCCUACCAGUGCACAUCAAUGCCACAUAUCAGUGCCCAUCUGAGCUGCCUUUCAGUGUCAGCCAUCAGUGCCAGUCAGUGCCACCUAACAGUGCCUGUCAGUGCCGCCUGUCAGUGCCAUAUAUGUGUGCUGCCUUUCAGUGCCCAUCAGUGAUGCCUGUCAAUGCCCAUCAGUGC